UCUCUAACCUAUCAAUUAAAAAUUUUUCUUUAAAAUUAUGCCCACGCUUAUUUGCCAUGAAAAUCUUAAAACGGCCACCUUCUUAUUAUUUUUACGUUAAAUGUGCCCUUCACCGGAUAUUUGAUGUAUAAAACUAGCAAUUUGGAGAAAUGAAGAGAUAUUAAAGAGAAAAAAACUGGCAAGCUUUAACAUUCCUCUCUAAAUCAUUCUACGAAAUAUAAAUAUUUAUUUAAUGCAAUUAGCAACCGAGAAUAUGAAUAACAGAAUUAUAUUUACAAUUUUUCUAGUUAUUAGUUUGAAAAUUUCAAGCAUUGUUGAAGGAUAUCCUUCCUCAACCAACUUUUUUAACAACAACCCCCUAACUUCAAGAUUACUCAACCAAUUAUUCGAACCUCAAAUAGUCCGCCGUUUCGACCCCGCUUGGCGACACAUUGGAUUAGGGAAGCGAUCAUCAAAUAAAAGACAAUUAAGAGGGGCAAGGGAACAACAGGAAGAAACAAAUGUUUUGAAUAAACGUUUACAUUUAGCUUUAAUUGGGCUUGGACGGAAAUAA